AUGCUGGUGCUGAUGCUAGUGAUGUCGAUGACCGUGCGGCUCUGGCCGCUGGUCACAGCUGUUCGGCUGUGCCGAACAAAAGUGUUUUUCAGUACCAGUAACUUUGACAGCAAUAGUAUUGUCUUGACCAUCCCUACAUCAAUGCAUGUUGGCGUGCCUUCAGUAACGUCAGCACAUUUCGCCGGCUCAGUGUUGCUGUUCGUGAUAAACCAAAAAGUCUAUAUUUAUAACUACGCUGUCAACUCCUGGAGCACAGCUACAGGUAUAGACCACCCCGUUUCACAUAUUACUGGUGAUAAUUGUUGUUACAGUGAGAAUCCUAUUUGUUUCGAAGAAUUAGUUGGUUUUGUGGGUGGGAUCUUCUCUUUUCACUCGCUGUCACAGACCGGACUGCUUGUAGUUGAUGGGAAGAAAGCCAAGUUCGCAUACUCAGAGCAUCCCCUCAACAGAAGCUUUGGGCUGCCCUUUGACUACAACGGGACACUUAAUGUCCACACCGCCCCCGGUCAGACAGGCAUUCUGGUCUUUUGGUUUGAGAACAGCUUGCUGGUUUCCCGGAAUGCAGGUCAGCUUGUCAACACGGUGACCGUGAACUUUGCAUCCUACAUCUUGUAUCCUUCUGUUUUCGAAGCCAACCUCACCAUCCACAGUAUUGCCACUGGGCAAAGCGAGCUGGUAGUUUUAACUUGGCCGAGCAGCGUGUACUAUGGCAGUCUGGGAACCCUGUCGGACUCUAUAAUCAAAAUGGAGUAUCUCCAUGGGUAUUUUGAAGACCAGAUGCACACCAUUGAUAUGAACAGCAAUCUGACGCUGAAGGCUAUCAUUGUGCCUCAGGUGUACAAGUCACCAAUCCCACUUGUGACUGUGAGCAACCCACACUCGCUGGGGCUGCAGGUGAGCAUCAAGGAGAUGGAAUACACUCUAGAUGGGAACAUCAAGUACCAAAUGAACAUUUUCCUGAUGCAACAGCACCAUAGCGGCAGGGCUGACCCCAACUUCACCUCCAGCAUAAAGCGACCCACAAUAUCCACUGUUACUCUGGACAUAGCUAAUAAGGAAGUUUCUUGCAUCGACUUCCAUCCACUGACAGCGCUCAUUUCCAUUGGAUGUGACGUGAGCAAAAAGCUCGUCAUUCAGAACAAUAUCUCCGCCUGCUCCAAAAACCUCCUGAGCCCUGUGACCCUCCAAGCCAAUUACAGCUACAUCAUCCCCAGGGACAACUAUGACCCCACCUUCAUGGGUCGGAAGGCCACCAAAGACCUGAGAGUGUUUUACCCAUAUGACACACUGGGCUGUCCCCGCCUUGUCUACUACGACAGCCCCUGGAAGCCAGUAGUGGAAUUGUGGAAAAAUGGAAAGUUCCAGGAGGUGGUCGAAGCCGAGUAUGUCUUGCUGGAGGUGAAUGGGCUGUUCACGUACACGUACUCCCUGACAGCUGCCACCGCGUUCUGCAAAUCGCAGCCGCAGAACUGGACCAGCAUCUUGGCGGCCACUGGCAGACCCUUCUCCUGGGACCGAGAGAACUAUGUGAGCUGUCACCAAUACACCUACAGCGCCCCCUUGAGGUGGCCAGGUGUCCCAUAUCAGAUCUUGGGCGGUGCAACCAACAACAAGGUCGUUUUUGACCAAAGAAAUGGAAUGUACAUCUUCCAUCUGUCCAUUGUGGAUCCCUACUACAGCUACUGCAGCCUGAAGACCACCUUCAGCGUCUACGUCUAUGGGGCCUUCCCGCCGACUGUCAUCCGCAAGGUGCCCUCAAUUAUCCUGCUGGUACUAAGCAUGCUGCUAGCCCUGUGGCUGAUCUAUGCCAUUCCCAAGAUGUCACACUUCAAGACAGGUAAGUUCCUGCCCUCUCUGGGCUGCCUAGACUCCCUCACCUAG